GAGGAGGCUCCCGAGCCAUUCGUAGCGCAACCCGAGGGAAGGCGAGAGGCUGCGGACGGCCGGAAGGAAGAUGAGUGAGUCUUUGGUGGUUUGUGAUGUUGCUGAAGAUUUAAUGGAAAAGCUGAGACAGUUCCGUUUUUGCAAAGAAACGAAUAAUGCUGCCAUUAUAAUGAAAAUUGAUAAGGAUAAACGCCUGGUGGUGCUGGAUGAAGAGCUUGAGGGCAUUUCACCAGAUGAACUUAAAGAUGAACUACCCGAACGACAACCUCGCUUCAUUGUAUAUAGUUAUAAGUAUCAACAUGAUGAUGGAAGAGUUUCAUACCCUCUGUGCUUUAUUUUCUCCAGUCCUGUUGGAUGUAAGCCUGAACAACAGAUGAUGUAUGCUGGGAGUAGGAAUAAGCUAGUCCAAACGGCUGAACUAACCAAGGUAUUUGAAAUAAGAAAUACUGAAGACCUAACUGAAGAAUGGUUACGUGAGAAACUUGGAUUUUUCCACUAAUGUGAACGUCCGUGUUUCUAAAGUAUUUAUGUAUUAACCUGACCAUACUGGAACCAGACAUAAAUACUUAUUUAUGCCUAAAAAUGCACUGUUAUUUACAAUUUGUUACCUGCAGUAAAGAAAAAUUCAUUUGUUCAAAGUUUGAACAAAGGGGAAAUCAUCUUCAUAGUAAUGAAACUUUGUAAAGUGUUUCCUUAUAUUUGUAAUUGUUAGGUGGACUACUUCUCCCCAGGGACUUUUUGCACUCUUGUGACUAAUUUCUAUAACUUAUGAUUCAGAAUUUGUUACUAUUUACAGACACCAUUGGAAAGUGGGUAUUAGAUUGUGAUAGACAACAGUUGCCUCCUUUUGACAAAUACUGGAUAUUAGCAGUUUAUAUAUGAAAAUAGCAUAUUAUCACUUAUCAAAUCUUUGAAAUCAAUUUGGGAUAAAAGACUUGAGUGACCCAGUUUUGAGCCGUGAAUAAUAAUUUACUGUAGUAUAAUCCACAUUACAAGUAUUUUUCCAUCAAUUCCAUGCCUUCUUUAGUUUUCUGUAUCUUUUUAAUCAAAUCCAGAAACUUUUCAUCAGUUGCUCAUUCUUAAGGUCUGGAAGUUAGAUUUAAUAAUAAAGUU